CAGCGGCCGCCCGGGAGCGAGUGCUAUAGGGCUGUCAUUUCUCCAGAGACUUUGGUGGGGCAGUGGCGGCAGCAGCAGCAUGACUUCGGCGGCGCUGGAAAUUUUGGGGCUGGGGCUGGGCAUCCUGGGCUGGGUGGGGGUGAUCCUGGCCUGCGGGCUGCCCAUGUGGCAGGUGUCGGCCUUCAUCGAUGUGAACAUCGUGGUGGCGCAGACCAUCUGGGAAGGGCUGUGGAUGAACUGCGUGGUGCAGAGCACGGGGCAGAUGCAGUGCAAAGUGUACGACUCCAUCCUGGCGCUGCCGCCCGAGGUGCAGGCGGGCCGGGCCCUCACCGUCAUCGUGGCUCUGCUGGGGCUGGUGGCGCUGAUGGUGACCGUGGUCGGUGCGCAGUGCACCAACUGCAUCCGGCCCGGCAAGAUGAAAUCCCGCAUCGUGAUCGCCGGCGGGGCCAUCUACAUCCUCUGCGGGGUCCUGGUCCUCGUCCCGCUCUGCUGGUUCGCCAACAUCGUCAUCAGCGACUUCUACGACCCCACCGUGCCGCCGUCCAAGAAGCGGGAGAUGGGGGCCGCGCUCUACAUCGGCUGGGCGGCUACGGCCCUGCUGCUCUUCGGGGGCUGCCUCAUCUGCUGCUGCUCCUGCUCCCAGCGCGACGAGACCUCCUUCCCCGUCAAGUACUCGGCGCCGCGGCGGCCCACGUCCAACGGCGAGUACGACAAGAAGAACUAUGUCUGAGCGGGGCUGCCCCGCUCCCUCGACCCUGCGGGGACACGGACAGACGGCUGCGAGCCGGCGCUGCCGCGCUCCGCCGGCCGGCACGGGACACCGCGCCGGGAGCGUCUGCGGUGAGCUCCAGCGCUCCCCUGCCUAGAGUCUCUUCUUAACGGUGCCCUCCGUAAAGCGGCAGCCCUAGGCAGGGCAGCGUCCCGCUGCCCGCCAGCUCCGCUCCCCGGCGGGUCUGGCCGCUCCGCUGCGGGCAGCGCCGAGCUCGGCGCCGCCGGGGACCCGGGACGGACUGACCGACCGCGGUGCCGGGGCGAGCAAAGCCCUCCCCGGCCGCACAGCGCAGCCGAACCAGCGUUUCCCCGGCCCGGGGCGGCUGCGGUAACCGAGGAGCCCGGGCGAGCCGCGGCGGCCUCUGCCGGGACGCCCCGUCCGGGCUCCGCCGCCGCCCGCCCGGCUCCCGCCGCAGCUCCCGGCCCUCCCCGACGUUACCGGGAGAGACUUGUGAGUACUUUACCGCCCGCUCUUGCUGCUGGUGCCUCUCGGGGCACCGCGUGGCUGGUGGGACCGGGCCGUCGGGUGUGCACUGUCGCCGAGGAGAAGCUUCCCUUCUUCGUUGUCUCUCCUGAAAAUCUGCAUCUGGCUGUUCCCGCUGGGACUUUCACUGGUUAGGGGGGUUUUGUUCUUCUAUUUGGGCAACUAAACGAGGGAUUCUGUCUAACGCAUGACACUAAUCUUGGUCCUUAAUCCCGUAGGCAAUAACUGUUUGGAGAAGGGUAUUUGAUUUUCUUCAGUUGUUUCAGUCCCUCAGAAGUGCAUUGGUCUAUGUGUCUGAAACCUUUGAAAGAGAUUUCAGGUGGUUGCUGUCAUGUAGCAGAGUACAAACCAGAUUAUACUAGGUUUCCCUUUGAGGUUCUUCAUCCCUUUUCCUUCAUCAGUUUCUGUUCUGUUUUUACUUGAAUAUGAAGGCUUUGCCAGAAUUAUUGGAGAAUUAGAUUCAAGAGACCCAAGAGAUCUUUGUAUGUCCUGGCUCUGGCAGGGCAUCCCUCUGCAUCAUCUCAUCUGCACCACAGGAGACUAGAAACAUAAAAAUUGCACUGAAUAUUGGUGGUUGGGGUAUGGACAGCUUUCAUGGCCGCCUUGCUGAGCCCUGCUUGCUGCAAAUUUUGAAUUGUGUGUUCAGUUGGAUGUGCAGUUGGUUGGCUCUCCACCAUAAUUUUGUUAACAUGUGCUUUCCUUCAUUUACCAAAUUGGGCAAAGAAAUUGCUAGAAGAAUUUUACCAAAUACAUUGACUGAGACUUUGUGCAGGCUAAUCAGGAGAUGGGAAGUCAUGGCUCUUGCAGCUGUCAGCUCCUCCAUAUUGCCUUGCUAACACUGUGCAGACUGGAAGGAAGAUGCUCUGGGCAACAUAACUCAUUUUCUGAGCUCAACAUCUGCUGAACUUCACCACAGCCUGGAAUAUUAGCAUACACCUUUUCAUUUUACACUGCAGAAACAAACUUUUUUUGAAGGCGGGUUUAAUGGGUGGUGCGAUACUCUUCCAUGCAAAUCACUUGUACUCUUAAAUCAACACAGAAUUCUGCUACAGACUGUGGCAGCAUCUGUGUCGCCAUAAGGAGAUUUCUGCCAAGAGUUAGUGAGGAAAUGCGGUGUUUGUAUUCCUCAGAGUCCAAUGCUACGACCUUGUGGGUCCCUCACAACCGUGUAGCAAUACAGUGCACACCUAACCUGAGCAUUAACUCUUAGAAGUUUCUGAUAAUGCUGAGACUUACAGGCUAACCAUAACUGUGGGUUUGUGACAGAUUUACAUCGACUGUGUUCUUGCUUUGCUUAGCAUAUUUAAAACCCCAGUGCUAUCAAUGCAUAUGCAGACCUGACUGAGAGACUAAAGCCUUGCCUCUGCAAAUACUGAUAUUGAAUAUUGAGCACAUGAUUUACCCUUUUAAAGAUAACUGCUUUCAGUUUUUAAACAUAUACCUUGUAGGGUCUGAGCCCAUCAGACAAUACAAAAGCAGAGCAGUAUGUUUAGAACUAGUUUUGUUCUAUAAAGAGGUGCAGCUCUUAUACCGUCUCAAUCUAAAUAAAAGCUAUAAUGUUGUUAUGAUGUGAUACGUAGUUUUGGUACAAGAAUGAAAUAUUCCAUAUUUCAUCAUUGCAACUUGUUUUUAAACAGUGUAACCUUGUAAACUGUAAAUGUAUUUAAAUGCAUAUAUUUUGCAAGAAAUCUACCCAAGUUGGCUUGUUAUGUGGAUUGGUGCCUUUAUUUGUUUCAUGGUUACUUUAUUUUUAUUUUAAGUGAUACUGACCAACUGUAUUUGUCACCCAGCCCAUAGACACGCUAUACCCUCACUCAGCUCUCUUAUGUCUAGCAAAUGAGUCAACAGAUAUUAGCCCAAAUCCUGGACCUCGCUGUCUUUUGUCUCAAAUUACAGAACUAAAAAACAACCCCCACUAACAGACACACCUGCAUGUAUCUUUACCAUCGAGCCUUCAGAAGUGCUGCAGGAUUUGGGCUCUGACCAAAAGAUGAAAUCUUUCUGGGCAGUUCAUUGCUAGCCUUUAAAAUCAAAUCAAAAGUGGUGUCUUGGGGAGAGGGAGGAAAACCCAUGCCUUAGAAGGGAAAUUUUUUUUAACAAGCUAAACUUCUUGAUAGAUAGUUUUGUGUCACAGCAGGGCUGGAUCCACUUAAAACCAAAAUCUGAAACAAUUAUACAAGACCUCUUGGAAGAAGCCAGUGCUGUGUAUGUACUAGUAAACACAGCGUCAUCCUACCAAAAACUUGCUGCUGAUGUAACAAGGUUUUGCUGAGGUCAGUGGGGCAGCGCCCAACAAUAUUAGCAGGAAGUGGGGCCCAUUUUUAAAAAUAUUUUUAUAUUUAAUCUCAUCCUUCAGUAUACUUACUUGUUGCUGUGCUUUAAAAAAUAACCCAAGAGAAUGCUGUUACUGAUCUCACUGGCUUCAGGGUAAAAGUGUAAGCUGGUUUUUGCUAUGUUUUGUUUUCCAAGAGCAAAGACCUAGUCCUGAACUUUAAAACUUGGAAGUGCUCAGGAUCAGACCUGAACCUCAUCCCAAUGAAGAGAGAAAUCUAUAGCACUUGUUUACUAUUUUUAUUUUGUAUUUAUGAUUUCACAUAAAAAUAAAACCAUCUAAACCAA